AUGGCGGAUGAAGCGACGUUUAAUAUUGACACUAUCGCUGGGAUAGCCAAUAUAUCAAACAUGGAUAAUUUAAAUGAUUUACAUUUAUCACAAUUGAAUAGUCAAUUACGUUACGAGUUGCGAAAUUUGAACAAAGAUGCUGGUGUACAAGUGCAACUAAGUGAUGAAGAAGAGGAAGACAAUGCCGAAACAGAUGAAAAUGACGAGGAAACCAGUGAAUUUGAUGAUCAGGAGGGAGAAAAUGAUGUGGAGGAAAAUAAUAGAAACGAACCAUUCAAAAAUUAUAUAAAAUCAAUUGUUGAAAGAGGGGAUGGCUUAGCGUUUGAUAAUCAAUAUCAGCAACACUCUACUCAGCUUCCAGCACAAAGUUCACAUUCUCUGCUGCAAAGUCAACAACAACAUUUCCAUCGACAUCACCAACAUCCUCAUAAUAAUCAUGAUCCUCAAUAUCAAGAUCACCAGCAUCACCAGCAACUAUCACUGAACUUGCAACAAAGACAACGAAAACGACAAAGAAAUGAAAAAAGUGAUAUCGAUAAAGACAUCAAAAAAUGUUCACGAUGCAGAAUGAAACGUGUACACGAAAACGAGAAUGAACUAGAAAAGUAUCAAACAUGUAUCCAGUGCCGUGAGAGGAGGAAAGUCAAAGAGAAGAAGCCUAGAGGGCCGAUGAAAUUGCCUGAAUUAAGAGAUGAUUGGAAGGGAUUUUUGGACAAAGUUGCAAUGAACAGCAUAAUGGACGUUCAGGGGCAUAUAUAUCGAGCUUAUACAGAUGAAAGGCAAUUUCCAAGAUACUCACAUGAUGACUUGACUACUGAUAUUGUCCAAAAAAUAGGCGAUAAAAUUGUUGAGAAAUAUAUACAUCCUUUACAAGAACUGACUGGCUUCAAAUUUGCGAUCAGAGAUCACCAUAACCCCCCACUGUAUGAUAAAAAUAGAUCAAAAAAAAUUACAUGGAUGUUCAUCUGUUCACAGGACAAAUUUCGUCGACGCAAAAGCAGGAGUGAAAAUAAAAGGCAGGUUUUGAAUAAACUAAAAACUGAGGAGUGUUGUUCCAAAAUAAGCCUGAGUUAUGAUAUUAUCAAUGGCAUUGUUCAAAUCAGUUAUAACCAUAAACACCAUAAACCCUAUAAUUUGAUUGAUAGUAGUGGUGCUAUCAAGCCAAGUAGGAUCCACCUUGAAAAUGAACAAGCGGAAGUUGAUAGAGCAGUGAUGGAAGCUGCUGCUGCCGCUGUGGCUGCUGUAGCAGCGUCAGAUGAGAAAAAAGAAGCAAAAGGUGAAGAACACGAGGAAAAUAAGAUAGUUAUUGCAAGGUCUCAUGCUAGGAACGACAACAACAAUAAUAAUGACAAUAAUAAUAACAGUGGCACCGGUACUAAUGGCAAUGAUGAGAAUAUUUCAAGUGGUGACGAACGUUCAAAAAAUAAUUAUGAUCCUAACCGGGUCUUUGGGGAGUCAACUUCAUUUGACGAUAUUUCGUUGAUUGGCAAUGUCCAUGUCAACAAUGUGGAUGUUGACAAUGUUGGUGUCGAUGUUGAUGUUGAUGUCGAUGUCGACGACAUCAAUGUAGAGGAUGUUGCAGAAAUUGCCAAAUUGCUCAAACAGGUCCAGCAAGCUCAAAGCAGAAGAUUAGACGAUGAAGUACCUGAAGAAGAACAGGAUCAUGACCACAACAAAGAAGAUAACAAUGACCAAGACAAUAUUGAACCUGUAGUUGAAGGGGAAAACUCAACCGCGGCAUUUGACAUCAGCCCAGUGCUACUGGCGCACGUGCAACGCCAACUGCACAAUUUUCAGGACUUGCCCAAAGAUCAACACCACGUAAACUCCUCACCAGAUUCAUGA